AUGGAAGAACGAGGGAGGAGCAAAGCGGCACUGGAGGGCCGAGAUGCGGUCGAUGCGGCGAUGGCAGCGCUCAUGAGGCUCCUCAAGCUGGCUUCGGCGCCGGUGCCUGCCUCUCGCCCGGGUUCCGCCGACACCAGCAGUGACAUGGAAGCGGAAGGGGGCGCGUCAACUCAAGCAGAAAUGGAGGGCGCUGCGUCGGCCUCCGCUGCUCGACAUGCCGCCACCCUCCCACUACUCGCCGCUCUCGCCGUGGAGUCAUCCUCUUCAUCUUCAGCCGACAUCUCGCCCGGCACCGCACACGAAGCACAUCAGGACACGCUGCGGGAGCUGGAGGAGCGACGAGAGGCCUUGCGUGUGGAAGUGGCCAAGCGACGCGCGGCCGUGGAUGGCGUGGCCCGGCGCCUGUGGCAGCUGCACGCGCAGACCACCACCCUUCUCGCUUCCACUCCAUCAUCGCCCUCUUCCUAA